AUGGGUUCAUUGCGGGAUCAGCCGUUAACAGCUCCUCAGCUAGUAGCGCAUGCCGUAAUCUGUUUUGGCGAGAGCUCAAACAAAGAAAAGAAUUGGGAUGACAUUCCUUACUGUUUGUUUCUUGCUCAUAGAUGGAUUAUGGACAGUUCACAGUUACUUAGCCACUUCUUAACUCAUUUCCAGGAUUCACGAGACACUGAAGAACGUAUACGGGUAUGUAAAGCCGUUGCUACGUGGAUUCGUCAAUUUCCAAUGCAUUUUGAUGGACAACCACAACUGUGUGCAUUUGUUGUUCGUCUAAGAACCAUAGCCGAAGAAGUGCCAGAUUCGAUACGGAACUCGUUAGAUGUUAGCAACUUACCAUCAUAUGCAUGGAUGAGGAAUCAUUCUAUGAGAUGUCGAGUUGUUAGACAGGUAUCGUUAUCGUUUGAUCAAUGGAGUCCAGAAGAUAUUUCAACUUCUCUAAGUCAUAUUGACUAUAAGGUUUUGAGUCGAAUUACGAUUGAUGAGCUCAAGAAGUAUAUAAAAGAAGGAAAUUUGCAACAAACACCCCUUCUAGAGAGAUCUAUAUCCAUAUUCAAUAAUCUGACCAAUUGGGUACAAUGUAUGAUACUGAGCAAGCUGAAUCCGAAAGAGAGAGCUGAUAUCAUAAUCAAGUUUGUGAAUGUUGGCAAGCAUCUACGAAGGCUAUCUAACUUUAAUACAUUAAUGGCCGUGAUUGGUGGUGUAACACAUAGUAAUAUAGCUCGAUUAUCUAAAACACAUGCAUAUCUUCCUGCUGAUAUCAAAAAAGAUUUGAAUAGCUUCACCAAUUUGUUGUCAGUACAAAACAAUUUUGGAGAAUAUCGUAAAGUAUUAGCUAGUUGCGGAGGAUCAAGUUUUAAAAUUCCUAUUGUAGGUGUUCAUUUGAAAGAUCUCAUAGCAGCCAAUUGCGUUGGACAGACUUUCGAAAAAUCCAAAACAAUAUCAAAACGAAAAUUACGACAAUUAGCUGAAAUUUUAUCAAAUUUUCUUGUUUGUAAGCAAAUUCCUCAUCAUUUACCCGAAGCUAACUUGGAUUUAGUCAAUACAUUGAAGGUAUCAUUGGAUAUACGGUAUAAGGAAGAAGAUAUCUAUGAGUUAUCACAACGUAGAGAACCAAAAACCUUCAUAAACUUUGAGUCAAAUGCUCGUCCUGUGGUUUUUGCUGAUUGGGCAUCAGGAGUAUCUGCUGCCCCUGAUCCUGACACUGUUAAUAAACAUGUGUCUGCUAUGGUUGAUGCUGUCUUCAAACAUUAUGAUCAUGAUCGUGAUGGAUAUAUUAGUCAAGCUGAAUUUCGUCAAAUAUCAGGAAAUUUUCCAUUCAUUGAGCCAUUUGGAACAAUUGAUUUAGACAGAGAUGGACAGAUAUCCAAAGAAGAAUUGAAAGCAUAUUUCAUAAAAGCUAAUAAGGAUUCUAUGGCUUUUCGCAGCGGAUUUAAGCAUGACUUCUAUGAAACAACAUUUCUUACACCAACCACAUGUGGACAUUGUGGCAAAUUAUUAUGGGGAUUGAUUAGACAGGGAUGGAAAUGCAAAGACUGCGGCUUAUCCGUUCAUGGAUAUUGUAAAGCUAACGCUGUUGCAGAAUGUAGGCGAAGGUCUAGUAGUUCCAGUGGAGGACUGAGUGAUUGGCUGAGUCCCCGUCAUAGUAGCUCAUUUCGUGAUCGCCUAUCUCUGAAUUAUAAACGUGGUACUCGUUUUCGUACGGUUUCUGCCGUUUCCAGCUCCGUCUCUCCGGAUUUAUCAACUGGCAUGAUUGAAUCUAAUAAUUGCCAUAUUCCCGGUUCAGAUACUCAUACUUCGUCGGAAAUUAAUAGAUUACAACUUCCGCAUCGAUGUAUAAGACCACAGUCUGAAACAACGGAUGUAUAUUCAACAACGUUAACACCAGACGAUGAACCACAUGUUAGCUUAGCUUGUGAAGAAGUCUUUGAAGAUGAUUCUGUUAGCACUGUGGAUUAA